AUGCUUAAUGGCUUAAGAGAACGUUUGAUCCAAGAAGGCAUUUCAACUAAACACGAUAUUCUGAUUCAUCUUUAUCAACAUAUUCAACAUAAAUUUUUACAUAAACCUUACGAUCAAAAUAAUUACUUUAUGCAAAUAAAUAUUAACCUGAGAAAUAAUUUAUUGAUUUACAUGUGCAAAUAUAACAUGAGCAAGAAUUAUUUAUGGAAAGUCACUAAACAAACGAAUGGAUCCAUGUUGAUGUCUUAA